ACCGUUGGUUGGCGGGGGGGAGAGGGGUCUGGGUGACAGGCGGAGCGGACGGUGUCAGCUCUGUCAGAGUUAUUAGACUCGGGCAGGUGGCGUGCGGGGCGCUGUGAAGUCUGGGACCAGUCCCCCCUUUCCUCCCAGCCCAGUAUGCGAGGAGAGGAGCUCGGCGGGGGGGGAGCGCGGGGUCACGCGUGAGCGGAGGGGUGUGUGUGCGUGCGCGUGUGCCGGAGACAAGUCUGAAAUCCGGGUCAGCGCUGGCAGUGAGGGGCAGCGAGACCAGGCGGGGCGCGGACUGCGCUGGGGGGCUGCUGUCAGCCACUCUGGCGAGAGAUGGUUUGAGGAAGGGCUGCUGGUAGCCAGGAGCAUUCAUAUAGAGGAGGGGGGAGAGCUGUCGGGUGAUCUAGGUUCCCCCCCCCCCGUGGAGCAGGUAAAAAAGGGGUGGACUCCAGGCAGCCUAUGCUGACAUUGUCUGUGGCGACUGUGACUCAGAGGCUCUUUCUGCGGGGGGUGGGUGAGUUUAGAUGUCAGUGGUGUGGGAUUUUACCCCGGCAGGUUAUAAAUAGACCUGCUCAGACGCUGUGUCAAGGAAGGACACAUUGGCAAGUUCCAGAGAGAGAGAGAGAGACUGGCUGUGUUUAGCUUUUCCCCAGCAGACUGCUGCUACCACCGCAAUGAAUGCAAGGAGGAGGCCUAGCUGCAGGAUCUUGUAAGCCCUACUGAGUGGAGUGCUGGGUUAUUUUAUUUUAUUGUUUUACUCAAUAAAUAAAUAAAGUUAGCCAGACGUAGCAUCACAGAGUCUUCCGAAGAAGGACAGAAAACCUUAUAAGCUUGUUUCAGAGAUCUGGGAAGAAACAGAGUGAAAAUGAAGCCAGAACGAGACAUCUGGAUCCCUCAGAUACUGACAGUGUAGCCCAUUUGCAGCUAGGAGGCAACUUCUUUUACACAAGGAUUCCAGUAUGGUUUUCAGUGGAAACAAAGAGCUACACAGAGAAGAUACUUUAGAUGAAUACUUCGAAUAUGAAGCUGAGGAAUUCUUGGUCUCCUUGGCCUUGUUGAUUACUGAAGGUCGAACACCAGAAUUUUCUGUAAAGGGUAGAACAGAGGGUUUUCAUUGCCCUCCAGCACAGUCAAGUCAGCCCCUAACCUGUAAGCAUGAAUGCUCUGAUAAAUUGGCCCAGUGUCGUCAAGCCAGAAGAACCAAGACUGAGGUUAUGCUACUGUGGAAUAAUAAUAUUCCUAUCAUGGUAGAAGUAAUGCUACUUCCAGACUGUUGCUAUAACGAUGAAGGACCCACCACUGAAGGGAGUGAUUUAAAUGAUCCUGUAAUCAAACAAGAUGCAUUGCUGUUAGAAAGAUGGAUUUUGGAGCCGGUUUCCCGACAAAGUGGAGAUCGCUUUAUCGAAGAGAAGACCCUCUUAUUGGCUGUGCGGUCUUUUGUUUUCUUUUCUCAGUUAAGUGCUUGGUUGAGUGUUUCACAUGGUGCUGUUCCUCGUAAUAUUCUGUACAGAGUAAGUGCUGCGGAUGUAGACCUUCAAUGGACUUUCUCCCAAACGCCAACUGAACAUGUGUUUCCUGUUCCUAAUGUUUCUCACAAUGUGGCCUUGAAAGUCAGUGUCCAGUCCUUGCCUAGACAAUCGAACUAUCCAGUUUUGACCUGUAGUAUUCACACCAGCCUAGGCUUUUAUGAAAAGGGAAUUCAAGAACAUAAUCUGCAUCAGCACUGUGAUUCCAUAGAGGGAGAGCAGCACAGUGUGUCCAGUUCACAGCGUUCCUGUGUUAAACAAACAUGGACAUUGAUACCUGAAGGCUUGCUUAAUGCAAAAAAAACUCCUGAAUUUACUACAUCAGUAAGAACUGUAAAACUUUAUCCAGCAACUGGUUUUGGGUCUAGCUUUAGAGCACCGCAGUCUAAAGUUCAUUGCUAUAAUGCUAUAGGGGAAAAUAAGACACCGCCACAUGAAACAUCAGUCAGAACUUUGAAAUCCUUUUCUUUGAUUGAUUCCCAAGUUCCAAGUAGUCACUGUUCCCGUCAGCCUGUAGGAGAAACUAAUCCUUUGAUAGGUUCUUUACUUCAGGAGCGACAUGAAGUUAUAACAAGGAUUGCUCAGCACUUGAUUCACUGUGAUCCAUCUACUUCACAUGUUACUGGAUAUGCAUUCAACAUGCCUGAAACCAGUUCAGUUACUUCAAAGGUUUUUUGGAAUACUUAUGAAGAUGAAAGCUCGCUGAAAAAAGGCAAGGACAUGUCCUCUGUUUCUACUGCUAACACAGAUAUUACAUUAUUGGAAGACUGCUGUAAAGGCAAGACAAGAGCAAUACUAGAGAAUUCAUUGGUUGAUUCCCAUGUUCCCAUGAACCACUGUUCUCGUCAGUCCAUAGGAGAGACUAAUCCUUUAAUAGGUUCUUUACUUCAUGAGCGACAGGAAGUAAUAGCAAGGAUUGCCCAGCACUUAAUUCACUGUGAUCCAGAUACUUCACACAUUACUGGGCAUCCAUUCAAUGUGCAUGAAAGCAGUUCAGACACUUCAAAAGUUUUUCGAAGUCCAAAUGAAAAUGAAAAUUUGUUGAAGAAAGGCAAAGACACAUCCUCUAUUUCUUUCUCUACAUCUGACGUUGCCAUAUUAAAAUAUAGCAAUAAAGUAAAGACGAGGACACCUGAUACCCCUCUUACAUCUUGUAGACCUGAGGGUGAAUUGAAGGCUUCUCCAAAACCCCAAGCAAGAAGAAAACUGCUUCUAGCAAAACCCAGUGAAGUCAUCCAAAACACAUUUAGGCAGACUCCAAAUAAAACUACUAAUUCAUUUACUAGCAUAAAUAUAUCCUGUAUCAAAGAGAUUAAAUCUGAACUGCCAGAUAAACUGGAAACAAUACUUUCUGGUUAUCCACAUAAAGAUCAAAUGACCAGCAAAGGCAUUGGUAAACAGUGUUCAAAUUUCAGCACGACUGACGAACAGAUUUGCAAAAAUAAAGAAAGAACAAUCAUGAGUGAGACUAGUAAUGGAGAUAGUUUAGCCAAUCCACAGUUAGAUAAAUCCAAAAUACUUGAAGGUACAAAAAAAGCAACUAUAAUGCAGCCAUCUGAUAUUUUGCACAAAAAUGAGCUUAAGUGCUUAGAUACAGAUUCAAAAAAGCCAAAUAUGUGUGAGCAAAAUACCCAGCUUGUUAGUAUUGAAAAUUAUUUAAAUAAAGACCAUGAUAGUUUUAAAUGCAAAAAUAAGCAGGAUAAACUGAAAACUGCACAUGAUGAGAAUGAAGACCCAACAGAUUAUGAACUUCAAAGCAAUUCUCAGAAGAAAUCUGUAGAAGAUUAUUUGGCUAGAGGUGAACGACGGAAGACUGCAGAUGUGUUGAGAACUCUACCGCUCAAGCAUUUGAGUAUAUGGCGAAAGCACAAUUUUCACUCUUUGGAUGGAACUUCAACUAAGGCUUUCCAUCCUCGAACUGGAUUGCCUCUGCUUUCAAGUCCAGUUCCUCAGAGAAAAACACAAUCUGGGUGUUUUGAUCUGGAUUCAUCUUUGCUGCCUUUGAAAUGUUUGUCUACACAAAGUCCACAACAAUGUAUAAACACAGAGAGUGACCCAGAAGGCCAUGGGAAACCAUUUCUGAGUGUCAGUGCUCCACCCAUAACAAGUCUUAGUCUUCUAGGAAACUUUGAGGAGUCUGUGUUGAACUAUCGUUUAGAUCCUCUGGGCGUUGUUGAUGGCUUCACUGCUGAGGUGGGAGCAAGUGGAAUCUUCUGCCCCACUCACAUGACUCUUCCAGUUGAAGUGUCAUUCUACAGUGUCUCAGAUGAUAAUGCACCCUCUCCCUAUAUGGGUGUGAUUACUUUAGAAUCCCUUGGUAAAAGGGGUUAUCGGGUACCUCCUUCAGGAACCAUACAAGUGACCUUAUUUAACCCUAAUAAGACUGUGGUGAAAAUGUUUGUAGUGAUCUAUGACUUAAGAGGGAUGCCAGCCAAUCAUCAAACAUUCCUACGACAAAGAACAUUUUCUGUUCCUAUGAGACGAGAAGUAAAGAGAAGCAUCAAUAAAGAAAACAUUCGGCAGACUGAAGAAAGGCUACUACGCUACCUCAUACAUCUGAGGUUCCAGAGUUCCAAAUCUGGAAAGAUCUACCUCCACAGAGAUGUAAGGCUCCUGUUCUCUCGGAAAUCAAUGGAAGUUGACAGUGGUGCUGCAUAUGAACUCAAAUCUUACACUGAAUGGCCAACAAACCCUCAGUUUUCACCAAGAUGUUAGAAAGCAGUGAAAAUCGACUUAUUCAUUAAAUUACCAGAUUACUGUUUACAAGCAAAACUUUCGCAUGGAAUACAGUGUAAAAUUCAAUAUGUAGAGAAAUGAAAAAUAGUGCUCAAGUGAGAUUUAAUACCCUUCUGUGAACCUGGACCAGUUUUUGUAAAAGGUUUCUGGAAUGAGCUUUGUGUAUUCCAAGUAGACUGGAAACAAAUACUUAAAUCUAAUCUUUUGUACUGUUAAAAACCACUUCAUUGGAUGUGUUGCAAUAGCAAAUUCCCAAGUUAGUUUUUAGUGUUUACACCUUUUAUUUUAUUUUUCAGUUAUUUAAUAUUUAAUGUUUCAUUUACUACUCAAGUGGUGUUUGUCUUUAGUGUUCUAAUGUAGCACAAAUCCUAUGUAAAAUCAUAUUAUGUAUUUUUGGCAUUAAUAAUAUUGAAAUCUGAAAUAUAUACAGAAAUCUUUAA